AAGGGAGGCGAGCGCGCUGUCACUGCUGUCAGUGCUGCUGUCAGUGUCCCCGACUUCCAUGCGCCUUCUCCUCGGAGCCAGGCUGUGGACCUUCCUGUGGGACCUUCUCGUACUGCUUGACAUGGGCUGCAUUCAGAGCAUCAGGUGCAAGCCCAAGGGGUUCCGAGAAAGCGUCACGGUCAUCGAAGUGAGCGCCUCCAUCGACUCGAACCCCACCAGCAUCGACGAGUCGUCGGCCGUGGUGCUGCGCUACCGGACCCCGCACUUCAGAGCCUCGGCCCGAGUGCUGGUCCCCCCCGUGGCCGGGAAGGACACGUGGACCGUGGGCUGGAUCCAGGCGUGCAACCACAUGGAGUUCUACAACAAGUACGGGUCCAAGGGCAUGUCAAGCUGGGAGCUUCCAGAUCUGAGGGAUGACAAGAUCCAAGCAAUAAGUGACUCAGAUGGCGUGAACUAUCCCUGGUAUGGCAACACCACAGAAACCUGCACCAUUGUGGGUCCCACUAAGAGGGAAACCAAGUUCACAGUGAGCAUGAAUGACAACUUCUACCCCAGUGUGACCUGGGGUGUGCCGGUGAGCGACAGCAACCUGCCUCAACUCAGCAGCAUUCACCGGGACCAGAGCUUCACCACAUGGCUGGUGGCCAUCAGCCAUGCCACAAAUGAGACUCUGGUGUUGCAGACAAUCCGCUGGAGGAUGCGGCUCCAUAUCAAGAUUGACCCGGACAAGCCGCUGGGCCAGCGGGCCACGCUGAUGGAGCCCAUUACCCAGGAGCAGCCUCAAAUACUGGCCAAGAAUGAGCCCAUCCCAACUAACGCUAUGGUGAAACCCAACGCCAACGACGCCCAGGUGCUUAUGUGGCGGCCAAAGACUGGAGAUCCCAUUGUGGUAAUUCCUCCGAAACACUGAAACCCCAUCUUUGCUUUUUUUAAAGAUAUGGGACUUGUUAAAAUAUUCUAAGUGGAUAUGAUAAGUUUAAGGUUAAGAAGAUUUUAACAAUGAACUUAGUAGAAUAAUAGCAACCAUUCUACCUUUGAAAUGGGUUGGGUAUCACUGUGCUAAAGUCAUUGCGACAUAUUAACUGGUAUAUUUUACUUGUUUUUAAUGUUAAAGAUAUACGUGUUUAGUCCGUUUAUGGAAACAUUGGACGGGAUACAUGCAUAUCUUUUUGGAUUGUUUUGUGGCGUGGAAGGUACUGUUCCUCGAAAAUCCAGGAAGUUAAAAGCUCGAAUAUUUUGGAUAAAGGAUUAUGCAAUAUUUAACAAAAACCAUGCAAGACAUUAGUCCAUGUGGCCUUAGAUUUCUAUUGCUUUUCACUCUCAUGUUUGCCUUAAACUCAGUGUGUCAGAACGAUGCAGUAUCCAUUUCCUGUGCCCUGUGGAAAUUGUACUGAAAUGGGACAUAAAUUGGACUGAUGGUGCAGGGUGGGGGAUCAUGCAUCUUGCGCAAGAAGUGCAUGUGCAAGCAUUGCCUAAUUUAUCUCCUCAGAGACACACAAGAAUAUAAGAAUAUGUACGUACAAACGCAUACAAAAAACUCAGCUGCACGUUAUACGAGAAAGUAUAACCAAGUCAGGAUGCUCUUGACAAAAUGGUCAAAUUGUGCUAUAUCAUUUAUGUCACGCACACCCCUUUUUGUCCUGCAUUUGGAGUGAAAGGCAAGGAUUGAUUGUGAUGCAUUGUCAUCAGCAUCAGCAGCAAAGCACUGGACCUCAAAUCCCUCCGGAUCUCUUGUGUGACAUGCACAGAAUGCAAUACAUCUUCCUUUUUUUUUUUUUUUUUUGAGUCCUGUGACUGCAAUCGCACCCGGUUGCCCACCCGGCUCUCUCCAACCGCUCGGCCUCCCUGACACCGGCAGCUUUCUGGAGCUGUGGUAGCCACACCAGCAUGCAGUCGAUAAAACUAUUGAUAUGCAAUCAUAGAGGCCGGCGGACUGGAGAAUUGGCAGUGCUUUUAAUAUCUUGUCAAUAGCAGGGCAUUCUCUGUGGAUCAUUUGUGCUGUAAAUUGUUCCCACUUUAGUAUCCUCCCCACUAAGGGCUGGGUGUUAAAUCUGAUUUGUGCUGACCAGGUCACUGCAGCGAGGAAGGCUUAAACAGGCCGACAAAAGCAGACAGACAGUAAUGUAGCUGGCCUCUGUACCCAGCUGUUUCAGAGCAGUAUUUUAACAUAAGAAGUAUUAAAGCCCAUUUGUGGAACUUUGCAGUUGGGCCGUAGUGUUUUUGUCCUCCUUUUGCCCUGCAAAUCAUAAUAUGGUAUGUCAUGUUUUUGGAACAGUGAAGUGUCUUCAGGACCUGGACAGUCCCAGGUCUCAUGACACAACGGUACCGCAGUAAAUGCAUGGGCUCUGCAUGGCAAAAAGGAACCGCAUGAUGAAUUAGGUCAAGACACCAACAACCCCCGGACUGCUUCCCUUUGGAUAAUUACAUUUAAACACCAGUCAUUCUUGAGUCUAAUUGGUCUCUUUACUACUCCGUCAUCAGCCCGGACCCCUCUUGGAAGUCAGUGCGCAAUAAGGGUGGGAUGGUUGGAGGGAUACUGCAUCUCACUGGUAUGUUUUCACUGCAGGAUUACCGGCGGUGUGGUACAAAAAUGGGUCUCCGUCGACUGACGGGGAGAAUAUACUUGCUUCUGAAUUAAAAAACAAAUGAAAGGAUCAGAGACAAAUGUUUCUGGUACUUUGAAAAGACUCCUUAAUAAAAUACCGAGCAGCUGUCUGUAGCAGCGGAGGACAGGUGACAUAUAGAAAUGUCGUAUAGCUGUAAUUUAUUAUUUAUGCGUAUUUUCACCUACUUGAGUGGUUUUUUUUUUUUUUUUU